CGUCGACUGCAGUAUACGAACAGAAUCGGUGAAAAGAGUUACUCCUUGCGAGUUAUCAGUAUUACAGCGUGCUAUUGUAGUGAAGUGUUUACCUGUGAUACGAUCCAGUUAUAUUAUUAUGGAAUCUCCAGUAGUUGUUGAAAAACCACCCGAGUAUCAUGGAAAGGGAGCGAGGGAUAAUGAACGCGUGUUCCCAUUCGACGAGGAGGACGGGUCCGGCGCGUGGAGCGAGCUAGCGGCGCGGCACCCCGACAUCGCGGCGCGGCUGCGACAGCGGCCCGCGGCCUGGGCCAGGAAGCGGCGGCCGUCCAGCCAGGACCACACUGACGAUUUUGGAGACGAAUUCGGUGGCUUCGACAGAUUUCCCUUCGACGACAUCCCGCCGGAGUUCAGGGAACAUUUCCCGUCACGUUGGAACCGACGGUUUGCUCCCCGUGACGAACCAGACGCGCAGACACAUCCCCAGCAGCCACAACAGCAGCAGCCACCACCACAGCAACAGCAGCCGUCCACACAGCAACAAACUACCUCCACACAAACAGAACAGAACGCUGGUCCCGCGCACGACCACACAUAUUUACCACAAUACGGACUCAGGAACACAGUAGAUCUAGGACAAAAAAGCCCCGCGGACCCCAGCUUGGUUGAUGCUGAGGAGCGAAGCCAGCGGUCUAUGUCAGCGCCGCCCGACCACCGGGCGAACCAGACUCCCAGCAAAAUGAGCGACCAGAACCACCACGAACAGCCACACACCGAGUCGUCCAAUGUCAGACACAUACCCAUAUUUGUGGAGGGCAGGGACGAGCCCGUGAUCAACAAGAAUGUCGACCACGGCGAGCCCAAGCAGGCGUACGCGCCGCCGCCGCAGCCGCACGUGGAUCGAGAGCAGUACUUCGCGGACGACGGCGCGGCCGGUUUCCACGCGCCGACAAACUUCUCCAGAGCUUUUGGAACUCCUUUCAACACCUUCAGACAAGGCCCGCCGCAACCGUACGCCCAGCAGAAAGUGUAUCCGCAAACUGCUUACUCCAACACCUCCCCGCGGAGAUCUCAGUCGCCGAAACCUCACUUCCCUGAAAAGAAAUUUGGAAACGUGCCGCCCAUGCAUCAUGAAUUCUUUAAACCGGCGCAGAAGAGUCAGCCGCCGCCGCAGCAGCGUGCGCCUCAACAGCAACCACCACCUCAACCGGAGCCUCCACAGCAACACAAGCAGCCGACCCCGCCGCGGCAGGAACCGCAGCCGCAGCAAGAACAGGCCCCUCCGCAACCCAAACCCCAGCCGGCCAACGAUCCCAUCUGCCAGAUCCUCAGCAUCCAGACUGACGUUCUGAACCUAAUGACGGAGGUCGAGAACUUUACCGGUACUAAAAAAGACAAAAAAUACAUUUUCUUAGAUGAGAUGCUGACGAGGAAUCUCAUUAAAUUAGAUAAUAUUGAAACUGACGGCAAGGAGAACAUCAGGCAGGCAAGGAAGGAGGCGAUCAGGUGUAUACAGAAAUGUAUUGCGGUGCUUGAAGCGAAGGCGGAUAACAAGAAUCUGAGCACUCCUCAGCCGCAGGAACAGCCGCAAGAGGCGCCUCUGGACGUGGAAAUGAAGGAGAAUUCUGAAGCGCCAAAAGAGAACGCGGUAGCUGUCACUGAGAACGGCGAAGUUGAAAUGAAGGAGGCCACCAAAGAGGAAGAGAAGAGUGAACAGCAGCCGGAGCAGCAGAAUGGUCAGCCCAAAGCGGAGGAGCAAUCUGAGCCCGCGCCCGAUAACAAGGAAAACGAGCAGACACAGACAGUGGACACGCGACCAGAGGAAAACCAGGCCCCGGAGGAACCUAAAGCUGAAAAGAAAAAGGACGACCCAAAGAAACCCAAAGCCAAAAACGCGAAGAAACGCGACAAGAGCAAAGACAACAAGCCCGAAGUUAACAAUAAGCAAGCCGAAGUGAUGCAAGUGGACGACAAAGGCGACAAGUCGGAGUCACAGACUAUGGAAGUGGACAGUGCUGCUAGUCAAUAAAUUAAGGCGACUCUUAGUGAAUAUUUGUAGAUACAGUUGCAAUAAAACGCACGGGGCCUAAACUUUCUUCCUCUUUUGUGUCGUUCGUUGCAUAACAUAUGGUGUUAACUAUACAUACUAUAGUGUUUACGUUUGUACAGCUACGUGAUUAAUGUUAAAGUAUGAUGUGUAAAGCGAUUUGUUGUCUAGGAUUUUUAAUAGAAUUGUUAAGAUCCUAAUUAUAUUUAAUUAAUUUAUUGUUUAUCGACUUGAAACACACAAUUUUCUCAAUAAAUGAUGGAUCCACA